AUGAAAUACGUUAUAGGAAUUGGGGGGGUCACUAACGGUGGCAAAACCACCCUGACUAAUAAGUUGAUUAAGACGUUGCCUAACUGCUGUGUCGUUCACCAGGAUGACUUUUUCAAGAAACCCGAUCAGAUACAAGUCGGGGAGGACGGCUUUAAACAAUGGGAUGUGAUCACUUCUUUGGACAUGGAGGCCAUGACCAACACUGUCAAAGGCUGGAUGGAGAACCCAGUGAAGUUCGCACGUUCGCAUGGUGUCCCGUUGUCAUCAUCCUCUGAUGUGGCCAACCCUGAUGAGCAGACUCACAUCCUGAUCGUGGAGGGCUUUUUGCUCUACAAUUACCCACAGCUGCUGGAUGUUUUUGACAAGUGCUAUUACAUCUCUAUUCCCUAUGAAGAGUGCAAGAGGAGGAGAAGUACAAGACAAUACACUGUACCAGACCCUCCCGGCCUGUUUGACGGCCAUGUUUGGCCGAUGUACCUCAAGCACCGCAGAGAAAUGGAAGACUGCUGCUUAGAUAUUGAGUACUUGGAUGGCUUGAAAUGCAAAGAAGAGCUCUACAACCAGGUGUAUGAGGACAUUCAGAACAAUCUGCUCAAUCGUUUAUAG